AUGUUUCUGCAAACAUUAGGUAUAGGCGAAUGGAGUGUGCAAAAUUGGAUUGGUCAAGGAGAACAAAACAUUGCAGUUCAAACUAAAAACAGUUCAAGAAAAGGCAAGAUAUCCGAAGAUAAAGCCUUCCUAAUCCAGUUUUUAGAGACAAUUCCAAAAAUGGAGAGCCACUACUGUAGGAAAGACACUAAUAAAUUGUAUUUAGAUACUCAGUGGACCUGCGUUAAUGAACUAUACAAAUUUUAUACCAAUGAAUGUGUUGGUGCAAAGAUAGCCAAACUGUAUAAUACAACUUUUCGUCAGGAGCUCGAUAAGCAACGUAUAGCCUUAUUUAAGGCAAAGAAAGAUCAGUGCGACACUUGCACUGGGCAUUCUACCGGCAAAAAAAAUGAUGAACAGUUUCAGCAGCAUUUGGAGAAAAAAAAAUUUAGCUCGUGA